AUGGCGUCUAAACGGACGCUGCCCUUCCGGACUGAGCCUUUCCGCUACAUUGUCCAACGCCACUCCGCUCCAGCUCGUCCAUCCUUCGCCCGCUACCGGUGCCUGCACGUGACCUCUGUGGACCCCAAGGCUACCCUCCAAACCGCUGUCGUCCAAGAUCACGCCGAACUCAAACGGUGCUACGACGAGUACAAAGCGGCCACUGCGGAUGACGGAAAGACUAGAUGGGGGAACGCCUUCGUCUGGGGAAUGACACGUCACGCGUUGGGGGAAGAACUGGUCGUGUAUCCAGCCCUAGACAAGUACCUCGGAGAAGAAGGCCGACAAUGGGCCGCUAAAGAUCGCAAGGACGCCCAGCAUCUCAAGGAAUCCCUGUACGGCUUCGAUCACAUGAGCCUUACCAACCCGCACCGGGAAGUCCUUGUCGACAUCCUCUGGGGUGAUUUUGCGCACCACGCGCGACAGGAGGAGGAGAUCCAGUUACCCAAGCUAGAGAGCGUACUUGGAGGAGAGAGUGAGCGAUUGGCGAGGAGCUUUGAACGCACGAAACGGUUUACCGCCACACGGAGCCACCCCCUCGCACCGAACAUGGUGCCGCUUGCAACAGCGGCGGCAUUCAUGGCAGCGCCAAUCGACAAAUUACGGGAUAUCUUUCGUAGUUGGCCGGAGGAGGACUGA